GAUCGGCAAGCUUCCAGGAAAAUCGAUUCCUCGAUUCAUGGCGGCCUCGUCUCUGUGCUGGGCGCCCGGUCGCCUGUGCCGCGUGAGGCUUCGGCCGCCGCCGUCGCCCCUCGCCCUGGGAGUCCCGUGCGGGGCCGUGCGCAGCUUCUUCCUCCCACCACCCACGAACGGCAACAACAACCAGCCCCAUGAGUCCGCUUCGUCAAUAGAGGGGAACCCCUUCUACGGGAAGUACGCCGCCAGGAUUGAGGCGCUGCGGAGGUGAGGAGCGAUGCAGCCGGCUGGGCUGCUCAGAAAUCGCCCGGAUGAUUUCAAUGCUCGACUACAGAGGCUGGAGCAGAUGCGGGAGGCCAAACAAGAGGAGCCAAAACAAGAGGGGACAACACAGAGGGGAGAGAAGUCGAAUGAAUUCAGCGGAGAGAGCAAAGCGCACAGCGGAAAGGGUCUGGACUCCAUCAUAAAAAUCGAACUCAUUCAAGAUAAAACGCCUCAUGAAAUUGAGGAGAUCUGGACUCUCUACUUCAGCAACAAAAAUGUCAUCUCCGCUGUGAUCCCGGGGGACACAUACGACCUUAUGUCCUCACGCGGGAAGGAGUGUCCCACGUUUGUCUACGCUGUCCCCCGUGAACAUGGACACGAAAUGUUCAUGGGGCAGUGGGCGAGCAGCUCUAUCCACUUCACCUCCCUCAUUAACUUCCAGACCCGAGGGGACUUGGCUGAGAGUCAGCUCGUGAUCCACCACUACACAGAGCUCCGGGAGAGCAAGGGACUCGUUCUCAUGGUGUCGGAGACCUUGGGAGAGACACUGUCCACUCUGGAGGCAAAGUGUCUGGCAUCACAAGUGCAGAUAUUCUAUGCCGACCCGGGCCCAGAGUCAAAGUUCAGCCUCGUGCGUCGUCUAAAUCACAACCCCUCUGACUUCGAUCACAUGACCCUCCUAGCUGCACUCAGGCAGCAAGGCAUCCUGGGUAUCGGUGGGCAGAUGGGUGGUGCGGUGCCGGCCAGUCACGAGUGAGAGCCAGCAAAGUGCUUUCAGCCAAUAAUAUUAAAGAAGAGGAUGGUUUGUGUAUGUUAAUAAGGUGUGUAUAUGUGUAUGUGGGCGGGGUUGUGUCUGUGAGUGCAUGUGUGAGGAGAAGUGGUGUAGCGGUUAGCGUAUUGCGCUACGAACCCCGUGACCCGAGUUCGAUUCCCUCAUAACCAUCAUCUGUGAAUAAUAUCUGAACCAAUCCUGGACCUCCCCGAGGUUGACUAAACCUUAAAUGAGUACCUGGUGCCACAUGUAAACAUCAGCACUGGGGAGGCAAAGGCGGUUUGCCAUGGUGUUGACCACACCAUCCCCUCGUACUCUGUCCCGGCCAUAAUCGGUGCACGCUAACAGCACUUGCCCCAACCGCCUGUACGGCUACAAGGGGCGUAUUUUGUUUAUUACAAUGGCUCACACACUGGGCUAUGAACCCAGUAAUGGGGUUUGAUUCCCUGCCGUGGAGGCCAUUGGUGGCAAGCGAUAUCUGCACCUGGACUAGGCAGCCCUGUAUGUUGGCUUAACCCUCAGUGAAUAUCUGGUAUGGUAACGCAGGUUAUGCACCCAAACUCUGUGAUCUGCGUGUGGGAGUUUGUACGUGAACAGUUUCUACACAUGCGUUUGAAUGUAUGAAGUUACGUUGUUCAAUCUGGAACCGAGACAAUAUUUAAAUAAAGCUGCGUUUGUGUUCAGCAAAGAAA